AUGGAUCAAACCGAUCGACCCCAGCAGCAGUUCUGCGCGUCACAGCGGCUGAAUGAACCGGACGAAGCAACAGCUGCAGAGACUGCAGUGGAAACGCGCUCUGUGAGAUCACUGUACGAGCGCUCACCGGCUCCUGUGCAUCCAGUCAAACCCCGGGGGUUCAUUAUGUUCCACCAGCUGAAGGAUCAGACGGUGAACGGCAGCUGUCAGGGAACCACCUUGGACUGCAAUAAGAGCGCUGAUGGAAACGCGCUCCAACUCCCCACUUUUUCAACCGCAGCCAAAGUCCGAGUGAUCAUUACCUUCACUCUGUGCGCCGUGUCUGCCGUGUGCAACCUGAUUGUGCUGUGGGCAGCCGGCAAAGGCGGAAAGCGCAAGUCUCACGUCAGGAUCCUUAUAAUGAACCUGACGGUGGCGGACCUGCUGGUGACUUUCAUCGUGAUGCCCGUGGACGCGGUGUGGAACAUCACGGUUCAGUGGCAGGCGGGGGACGCCGCCUGCAGGCUGCUUAUGUUCAUGAAGCUUGUGGCAAUGUACUCCUGCGCCUUUGUGACCGUGGUAAUCAGCCUAGACAGGCAGUCUGCCAUCCUCAAUCCUCUGGGAAUCAGCGAGGCUAAAAGGAAAAGCAAAAUCAUGUUGACCGUGGCCUGGACUAUGAGCUUCAUCCUCUCACUCCCGCAGAUGUUUAUUUUCCACAACGUGACCAUAACAGUGCCUGAGAACUUCACCCAGUGCACCACCCAUGGCAGUUUUAUCCAACGCUGGCAGGAGACUCUCUAUAACAUGUUUACAUUCACGUGCCUCUUCCUCCUGCCCCUGGUCAUCAUGAUUUUCUGCUACACGCGAAUCCUGGUGGAGAUAUCCAGCCGCAUGGCUCAGAAUAACACUCUGUCCAGAGACAUCCAUCUUCGGCGUUCUCACAGUAACAUCCCAAAAGCUCGGAUGAGAACUCUGAAGAUGAGCAUUGUCAUUGUGACUUCAUUCAUCAUCUGCUGGACGCCGUACUACCUGCUUGGCUUGUGGUAUUGGUUGUUUCCUGAAAAAAUGGAGGAGACGGUCUCUCAUUCACUCACUCACAUGCUGUUCAUAUUUGGCCUCUUCAAUGCAUGUUUGGACCCCAUCACCUACGGCCUGUUUACAAUUCACUUUCGUCAAGGUCUGAGGAGACGUUGUCAAAAUUCGACCACCCACACCGAGUUAGAAAACAACACCUGUCUGGUGCAAAUGUCUGGCUUAUCGUCUCGCAGGCAGAUCACCUCUGGUGGUUCCGGUAAACAAACAGGGGAGGAAAGCGACAGCAGCAACUUAAAAAAUGCCUCCUGUCCUGUCAUUUCAGUGAGUGAGGUUUAAUGGCUGAAAGCCUUUCAGGGAAAAACAGGUGUACUUACUUAUUAAUGUUGCCUACUUCGUUGAUUUUGUUGUGUAAAACGUCAUAUGUUGAAGUCAAAAAUGUUGGAAAUAUCUCAUUUCAAUUACACCAAUGAAAAGAUUUAGAAAAGUAAAUGCAAAAUCUUAACAUGCUGCUGUUUUUGUGAAGAUUGAAGGCGACCAUCAAUAGAACUCAGCAAAAGUUUUAUGAUGACAACGGCUCUUAAAAACAUAAAAAUCACAGUUUAAAAAAAGAGUCUAACAUUUCUAACUUGAGAAAUUUAUGCUCCCAAAGCUCACCCACUGUCACUGUGAUGACUGCUGACGAUGUGAUGAUAUGAUUGUUGACUGCAUUAAUGCUAUCUGUUGCAGCCAUGGUAUAAACAUCAUUGUAUUUUCAUUGCUCAGUUUAAAGUUUCCUUUAAGACUGAAAUCUAAUGCAGAAACAUGUUUAUUAUUAGCAAGAAAAUAUAUAUUUUUUGUUUAUAACAGCUAUCUCUGCUUUAGAGGUACAUCAGAAAAGUUCAUUUUGUGUAGUCUGUUUGUAAUUAAGCUCUCUUAAAUUAUUGAAGAUUUUGAGGUUUUACCCUAACAUAUGAUGAUAUUUACUCUUUACAAAAGCUAUACUAUACAGAUAAAAACUGACAACAUAAAACAAUUUCAUUUACAAUUAGUUUAACACACUUGUCUAAAUUGUCUUUGAAACAUUAUAACAUGGUGUUCAUCAUAAAUUGUCUGAUUUGUGUGUGACUCCCAGACUGAUGGAUGUUUCUCCUACCUCCCCAAAGUAUAAAUUUCAGCUCACAGAUUCAGAAUAGUUUAUUUGACACUUAUUCUUUAAGGAACUAUGUAUAAAAAAAAUAAGAUUCUGAGCAGCUUAACUUGUUGAAUCCAACCUCACAGCUGAUGUGGAUGUGUUUGCUGAUUUGUAUUUUUGUUUAGAAUGGCUGGUCUUGUUUUCUAUGGCAAGACAUAAAGUUGACAAAAUGGAAAUGAUUCUUAUAGUGAUUAAAAGCUAUGCUGUUUUUUUUGUUUUUUUUACUUUAUGUAUAUAUUGACAUUUAAUUUAUUCAAAGACACUUUAAUAUGCUCACAAUGUUGUUGUUUACAAUUGAGCGGGACCAGUGUUUAUAUGAAGUUUUGAUCUACAACAAUCAAAGGUCAUCUGGAUGACAGUAAUGUAAACAAGUACUACAGUGUCUACCCUACAGAUGUAGGAAUUUUUGGACCUGCUUUCAUAGACUUCUGUGCCAGUAUAAUAUAAUAUUAGCUGUUUCCUUAUUUGUAUGUAUUGUGUUCUAUAUGCACUUAAAUAUUUUGCAUGGUACUUGAAAACUUAUUGAUUAUUAGAUUAUUAUUAGUGUUGUUAGCUCAUUAUAUUGUGGAUUAAAGUCAGCUUUUAGUCAAAUCAAGGCAAAACACUUCAUUUUGUGAUGUUAAUUGGAUUUCAUGACCUGGUACUUAUACUGCGAAAAAAAUACACAUAUUUGCCUGCUGUUGCCAUUUAUUCUGUAAGUUCGGUUGUGUGUUUUAAUGUAUUGUCAGUAUCUCACUAUUUUUAUAAUAAUAA